AUGUACGGGCUCGCGGCGUCCUCUGACGCGUCGAGGAUGGUGUGCGGCCGGCACGCUGCGGUCGGGUCCAAGCACUCGAGCCUCUGCCCGAUUAUGCCUCGGCGGGGCGUGUGGAGGGCCGCGUCUCCGAGCGGCACGCGUGUUAAUAUGAGGGUGAUGGCGGUGGGGCGGGGGGAUAGGCGGGCCGUGCGUGGCAGGUUUGGCGACAGCACGCCGGGGAGGGAGAGCGAGUGGACCUUGCCGACGCAGGCGGACAUGGUGACGAAGGGGGGGCAGAAGGCGGCAGUGGCAGAGGUCAAGGAGAAGGACGACGCGCUCGACUACCUGAGCGAGCUGCGCGCCAUCCAAGACAACGACCCGAAGAAGAUCGGGUUCUUCGGCACGCGGAACCUGGGCCUCAUGCACCAGAAGCUCGUCGAGACGCUGGCGUACGCGAUGAUCAUCACGGGGAACAAGCUGGUCACAAGCGGCGCCACGGGCACCAACGCCGCCGUCAUCCGCGGGGCCCUGCGCGCGCCCGAGGACGAGGUCGCGGAGAACCUCCUCGUCGUCCUCCCGCAGUCCAGCUACCUCCAGCCCGCCGAGUCCCGCGAGCUCCUCGAACAGGUGCGCGACGCGGGCUGCAAGGUCAUCGAGAGCCCGGAGAACGACGGCCUGAGCUUGUACCAGGCCUCCCAGAUAUGCAACCGCGACAUUGUCAACCGGGUGGAGCAGGUCAUCAUCUUCGCCUUCCACGACAGCAGCCUGCUGCUCUCCACCGCGAGCGAGGCCCGGGCGCGAAAACGCCUCGUGACUCUGUUCUAUCUGGAUUAG